GUGUGUGUGUGUGUAAAUAGUUAGACAGUAACUCUCCAGCUGCUGAGCAGAGCAGAGAGCAGAGCAGAGCAGGUCGGACGCACAGAAAUCGUUCCCCGAGCUUCUCUCUUGUCUACGUGAAUGAACGUUUUCAGAAGCAGUCUCAGUAACAUGCACGGACCGCAGUGCUGCUCAUCGUCACGGGGAGUUUCAUUACCAUCAUCAUUAGUAUUAUGGGCUGUUUUCUUUUUGCCGCUGCUCAAACCUGGGACAGCUGGUAUACCAGGCUUGUCCAUGUACCCCAUCAGUCAGCUGUGUAAGUUCUGUGACAGACAGAGUUCCUCCUGCAAUGGCACAGGGAGCUGCAUGUCCGACUGCGACAUUACGUCCGUCUGUUAUUCGCAUCAAGAUGUCUGUGUCGCUAUAUGGGUAGAGAAUGGGACCGGCUUCACCGUGGAGACCCUUUGCCACAACCCGUCCGUGUCGCUGUACGGCAUCAUGCUGGACGACUACAACAGCUCCAGGUGUGUGAUGAAGGAGAAGAACUCCACCAGGGGGAUGGUGCACAUCUGCUCCUGCUCAGAAGAAGAGUGUAAUGACAAACUGGUGUUCGUUUCCACAGCAAAAGAUCAAGCCCUCGUCUAUAUAAUUCUGGUGAGCCUGCUUCCCCUCAUUGUGAUGGGAGUCUUGGUUGCCGUGGUGAUCCACUGGCACUGUGUCAAUCGGCGCCGCCAGCUUGGUAGGAAGUGGGACAGCAACGUUAAAAUGUGUAAGCCAAAAGCCGGCGGGCUGGACUGCAGAGACACCUGCGCCUUCAUGGGGGAUGACGACGGCUCUGACAGCAGCUCCAUGCACGCCAACAACCUGAAUCACAACACCGAACCCCUGCCUAUAGAGCUGGAUCUGCUGGUGGGUAAGGGCCGCUUUGCUCAGGUGUACAAGGCGAAGCUGAAGCAGACCAGCUCGGCUCAGUUUGAAACCGUGGCUGUGAAGAUCUUCCCCUAUGAGGAGUACGCAUCCUGGAAGAACGAGAAGGACAUCUUUUUCAACAAGGACCUCAGACACGAGAACAUCCUCCACUUCCUGACAGCUGAGGAGAGGAAGGCAGAGAAACAGUACUGGCUCAUCACAGCUUUCCAUCCCAGUGGGAAUCUCCAGGAGUAUCUGACGCACCACGUGAUCAGCUGGGAGGAACUGCAGGCGUUGAGCAGCUCUCUGGCCCGAGGAGUCGCCCACCUUCACAGCGACCGGCUCGCAAAUGGACGGCCCAAGGUGCCCAUAGUUCACAGAGACCUGAAGAGCUCCAAUGUGCUGGUGAAGAACGACCUGACCUGCUGCAUAUGUGACUUUGGCCUGGCGCUCUGUCUGGACAGCAGCCUGUCAGUGGAUGAUCUCGCCAACAGUGGCCAGGUGGGUACGGCGCGCUACAUGGCCCCAGAGGUCCUGGAGGCCCGGCUCAAUCUGGAGAACAUCGAGUCCUUCAAGCAGACCGACAUUUACUCCAUGGCUCUGGUCCUGUGGGAAAUGACAUCAAGAUGCGAAACCAUAGGAGACGUGAAGGACUAUGAGCCAGCGUUCGGAUCCAAGGUGCGACAGCACCCCUAUGUGGAGAACAUGAAGGACAGUGACAGACCCGACAUCCCCGACAGCUGGCUCCGGCAUCAGGGCAUUUUGGCUGUCUGCACCACGAUCAAGGAAUGCUGGGACCACGACCCGGAGGCCCGUCUCACGGCCCACUGCGUGGCCACGCGCCUUGCUGAGAUCGAGGAGGAGCUGGACAAGCUGUCGAGUCGCAGCUCCUCGGCUGAGAAGAUCCGAUAUGAGGUGCACAUCCCCGUCGCCAUGGAGAUCCCAGAGGAGGAAGUGAAGAUCUCCGAAAUCCAGAACAUCAUAGCUGCGGACUGCUCUGUGAGUGACAAGUGAGGCGGGGAUCUGCAGGCUCCUUCAGGGGCCUUCCAGUUAGUCCAGGUUAACACGAUGAUGACGGUGGUGGUGAUGAAGAGCUGAGCUCUGGUGGGACAGCUGGAGUCUGAGACACCGUGUUGUGUUCAGCUUUGACUCAGCCCUGGUGAACAUUAUGGCUUUCAUGGCUUCUAGAAUGUUACAACAUGUUGAAAAGGUGCAGAUCCAAAAAAUAAAAUAAAAUAAAAUAAAAUAAAAUAAAA